UCACAAGCACACAUUAGCAAUACAAGUGGUGGUAUCUUGUCUAUUGAAAAAUUAUGCAUAAUGGCCACGAAAUAUAACCACGCAUUUCGGCGCAAAUUCAGUUUCCGGGGAUCGGUCACGAACGGAUCUUUUGCUACGAAAUGGCGGUAAAAAUUGUCUGCAUUCUGUUGCUGCUUGUUGCGUUGCAGUCCCUCUGUCACGCUGCUAACUCUGAAAUCGAAGAGUACAAGCAGGCCUACUACGAUCGAAAGACCAAUAAACCAUCGCAAGGAAUAUCAGAAAUCUCUGGUGGGCAAGUGCAGAGGAUCUCGUUCAAGGGUGGCUCGUGCGGUUGCAGGAAUGCGGCUUGCAGUUGUUGCAUAGGUAUAAACCUCAAGAAGUUCAAGUUCAACCAGGAAGGAUGUGCCAAGAUCAACUACAACCCACAAGCUUCUGCCAUUACGGCUUCGUUGACUUUGAACAACAAAGCUGUCGUAUCAUCUAACAUCCCAAUAAAUACUACUCCUUCGAUAUGCGGAACGGUUCCACAAUUGUCCUCCGUCAAAUUCUGCCUUCGUCUCUCUAAAUUGAGCGUCGAAUCAAACAAGUUGAAUGCCUGCGUUGAUCUGGAAACGCACGUACCUUUGAUACCGACACUUGUGUUGCAUUUCCCAUGCAUUAAGGUGUAGGAAAUCGUCACUGAAAAUGAAUACAUUAACAAGUGCGAGUUCGGUUGCUUUAAGGAUUUAAUAUUUCAAUGAGACUAUUGUAUCACAGAUAUUCGUUGCAAUAAAAUUGAAAUAUCGUUGUAAUAUUGGAUGUAAGAAUAAUUUGAAUAAAGAUACUUCAA